CGUACAUUCAAAGCUACAUGCACAUCAAUAAUUUUUGUGCUCAAUCUGUUGAUACCCACCCAACACGAAUCAUUGCCGUUUCAUUUCUCCCGAUUGCCAGUGGAACCCUCGCGCGGAAAGGGGAGGUGCGGUAAAGACCUAAAGGCUCCCCACAGUUCAACAAUGGCUGCCCAUCCCUCACCAUCCGACUAUCCUGAUACAACUUCAAUCAACCUCACCCGCCUGCUUUCGAGACUUGAACGCACGGUUCUUAUCGAGCCAUCUCCACAACUGAGAAAGUCUAGCUAUCAGCGGGCACGGGUUGGAGCGAACAUUGAGCACGCGCGAACUCUCCUCCUCAAUCUCGAACAUGCUGCCUCCACCACGCCGACCCAAGCGAAGAAGUCGAGUCUCCAAAAAGACCUUCAACUAAAACGUGAGCUCAUAAAGCAACUCAUCCAACGCCUCACAGAACUCAAUCAGCUGGAGGAUACCGAAUCUGAAGCAUCAGCGGACUCUGAUGAAGAAGAAUUCGGCAGUCUUCCUUCUUAUGCACCGCGCAUCAGCACAGAUGCUGGCCUAGAUAUCACACCGGCAGGCGAGGGCAAUGAUGCGCUACAAAAUGCAGCUAGAAACCUCACGUCAGAACUGAGGCGGAGGGGAGGUCCGCAAAGUGAAUCACCAGCAAUGUCAACUGGCAAUGCUUUGUUCCCUUCUAAGCCUUCAGCUGCGACAGGAGAUACGGCAACAACACAAGCGGAGGCUGUUCUCGCCCAGAACCGUUCCGAGCAAGAAGCCUUGACCUCAGGUCUACUGGAAAUGGCAAAGCAGUUGAAGCAACAGUCAAUGCAUUUUGGCCAAACUCUAGAAGGGGACAAAGGCGUUUUGGACCGCGCCGUUUCAGGGCUAGACAAAAACACACAAAACAUGGACGCUGCGAGUCAACGGAUGGGGACGCUGCGGAGAAUGACAGAGGGUAAAGGGUGGUGGGCCAGGAUAAAACUCUACGCGUUUAUAUUUGGCUUGUGGCUGGUCGCAUUUCUGAUCGUCUUCGUCGGGCCCAAGAUUCGAUUCUAG